AUGGACUCACUGGUUUUAUAUAUUGCAGUUGGAGCAAUUUUAAAGAUGCCUAAUCUAUCUUCAGGAAUCACUUAUAAUGUGGAAGUGAAAGAGAAUUCAAGUUUCUCUUGCUAUACUGAACCAUUAGAUGAUGCAAGCCCAAAGCCCAAGGUCAUUAAAUUGUACCUUGGUUCACAAAAUUUGAAAAUCAGCUGUCAUUUAUAUAAUGUAAAUCAGGAGGAUACUUUGGAGAACAGAAAAAAGCUUCUUCUGCGAUAUACCUCAUCAGGGCUUGCUCCCAGCAUUCAGAUCUUCAACAGUACCUAUUCUGGGAUCUUCUACUUCAGAAUGAAACUGGAAGAAAGUCAGUCUACCUGGACUAUUGAUAUCCCCAGAAGAAAUAUUACAUAUAAUACAGAUAUUGCUCCAAUAGAGGAAUGGUUUGUAAGAUUCACCAUGCAUCAUAGAUUAAACAUGUUUACUACUGAAGGAACACUACUAGAUAUUUUUAGAGAGCCUCUUCUUCAGUGGCAUCUUGGCAAACCAAUAGGCUCUACUGAAAUUGGUGUUCUAAUACCAGAUGUAAUAAAUAUCACAGUGUCAAAAUGCCCCUGUGCUAAUGAUGUGGCAGUAAUUGCUCUUAUAUGCAACGAUACAGUACAUGGAAUUUAUUUAGGAGUUACCAAUUCUGGAUUUAUAUCUCGAGAUACAAAGUGGUUCAAUAUGACAGACAGCCUGUGUAGUCUCCUAGACGAUGACUGUGCUGGCCUUUCACUUGUGAAUAUAAUCUUAACGAAUAAUCAUUUAAUAAUCCUCACUACAUUGGGCCUUUUCAUCAGUCAAGAUCUACGCUAUCCAACUGGAAGGAUUUUAAAUUUCACCAAACCAAGCUUCUGCGGCUUUGAAAGGGAUGAUUAUUUCAGCGCAAAUGUAUGGUAUAAUGUGCAAUGUCUAGCUAACGCAGAGAGCUAUGAAGUGGAUUACAUUAGCCUCUCGUUCAACAAAGAUAAGACAUUAAGCCAGGUAUCUACCUGUUUCUAUAGUAAUGAUCCAUACACAGAAUGGUACAGUUGCUUGCCCCAUAAAUUUCACGGUGGAAAGACACUUUCUAGACGAGUAGUGGCAUUUCUUAUUGACUAUCAGCAGAACACUGGAAUAGGUCUUAUAACUGUUCAGAAUAAAGAAAUGGUCUCGGUGUACAAGUUAACAGACCACAAAUUGAACAGGAAAACAAAAUUUCCAGUAUUCUGGUUUCCAGACCCUAAGUUUUUGCCUUUUGGAAUGUUUUUUCACCCAGGAAGUCACUUUCUCUAUAUUUAUGGGAGCCAGGUCUGGUUUUCUGACGAUGGAGGCAACACUUUUAUGUUGUUAAUCACUCUGGAGAAUGAAAUAAUUAUAAAAACAAAUAUGUGUGUUUAUAGUCACUCAAUUGCAUUUGUGACUGACAAGGGAAACAUCUUCUUUACUAAGGCAGGUUUUGAAAGAUAUGCCAAGCUUACGACAUCAGCACACGAUGUUUUCAAUUUGUACUAUGACCACUUGGGGUCUUUAAAUAUAAUUUCUCUGAAUGAAUCAGUCUCUGAUAGUCUGGAAAUACACCUGCUUGAUGUUAUCACUCUAAUACAGGAGGACGACAUAGGUUUUGAUGGCCCAUUGUCGCCACAAUACAUCACUGAACAGCAAAUGGUAUUUUUUGAACAUAUCCCAUUGAAUGGAAAAUCAAGAAGUAUUAAAAAGUCAAGAUUUUAUGGUCUGCACAAAGGCAAGGUGUUACAAUAUCGGCCAAGCGGAUCAGCUACAAUAGUCAAUGUUUUCCAUCAUGAAUAUCCUCCACAAUAUUUAUCCUCUGUCAUCGUAGACGUUCUGGAGAGGUUUCCCUUUGAAUCUAAAGAUAAAAGCUUCUUUAUGGAUAAUACUUUAAGUAUUUUGAAGGUGUCAAACACCACCAGAGUUAAGCUUCAGCUUGUUUCUGAAUAUUAUAAUCGUUCGGUGAAGGUUGUUUCUUCACGUCUUAAUGUAUUUAAACCUUCUGAUAUUGAGAAGACUGUGGUGAUUCCUGGCUUUAGCAGCUUCCUGAUUGUUGAAAUUCUAGAUGGUCUGAAUGCUUUGGCAGAUGCUACCAUGCCUGAGAGAGUGCCUUUCAACAAAAACUUUUCCUCAGGCAUGUGGUUUGUGUAUGACUUUGGCACUAAGAAUGGAAGAAAAUGGAAGAUUAUAGUAGACACCUGUAGAUACUGGGUACGAGAACUUGAUAAUCUACCACUGAAUGCCAUUAAAUACCUGGAUCUUACCCAAACCUUCAAUUUUGGAUUCAGAGUAACCCCUGUUAAUCUAGCCUAUCCAAUCUUUCACAUGCCACUAAUGAAGCUAGUAGUUGGAAAUCCAUCUCUAUUCAAAGUGAAGACAAAUGAUUACUGGGAUGACACUGAUAGUUACACGAUGGAAUUCUCUGUUACUAACAAUUUUUACAAACAAGGUAAAUCUUCAAUAGCUGUCAUUCUCACAAAAGCAUCACUUGUUUGUGGUGUGUCAACAAUUGUGCUAACACUGAAGAGUGGCUGUUCGUACAGUAAAUCAAUGCACUACAUUUCUCCGGUUUCAAUCUCUGCCCAGAGUUGGCUGCAUGGGGACCCAAAAGACCCAUAUGGUUUCAAACUCUUAAAACAGUUGCCGGUAAACUACAGGCCUCCAUCGAAACUGGGAAUAGCUGUUCCACUCACUGAUAACUUUUAUAAUGCUGACCCCAGCAAACCUAGAAUGAGAGAUUAUUUUGCUGGAUCAAAAAAUUCUGGAGCCUACAAGCAGUGUGCUAACAAGUCAACUCGAGCAGAAUGUAACUGCGAUGACAACAAGAAACUUUCCUUUUUUGUUGCUUUCUCAGAUUGCAAAGAGAAGGCUUUGAGGAUGAAAUAUCCAGUUACAAGACUUCCAAUCCAUUUCAGAGUUGACCGUGAGAAUGAAUAUACACCACUGGCAUCUCCUUUUUUUGUCACAGUCACAGAGGUUAACCAUAGGACAAACUGGGAAGUUGCAGGUAUGGAUAGAGGAUUUGCAGAACAGUUCUUUUUGAUAACAGACAAGACUAGGAACAAAUGUACCAAUGAAACACCAAGCAUGUUAAAAAUGAGAGCGUAUUUAGCUGAUAAACUCAACAUUACACUGUAUAAUCCAGAAGCCCUAACCCUAAACAUAUAUGGGUCUGAGCUUUUUCAUUUCAGGGUAGCAAUUAUUCCUGGAGUCUCCUUUUGUAAUCUACUUGAUGAAUUUCAGAUUUAUGUUGAUGAUGCUCCUUUGGCCUUCCCAGGACAAUAUCUUGUUAGCACAACAACAGCUGUAUUAGUAGGAGGCAUCAUCUUUGUCAUAUUUAUGAUGCAAAUGUAUGAAAUAAACAUAUGGAACAAAGUGAAAAGUAAAGUGAGGAAAAAGAACAAAGUAUCGGUGUCUGAAACCUCAGCAACUGUUACUUCUACUUCUUUCUAG